CUCACUCGGUCACCCACAGAUUAUGAGAGCAUAUGCGUCGGAUUCCGGAUACAACUUCCUAUUUCGUACUCGUCUGUGGUCGAUCAGCAAUUGAAUACCUCUCUUCCUCUCAAAAUCGCAAACAAUCAGAAAUUCAGAAGGCCAAAUUUUGAUCUGUAGGAUUUAAUGGGUUGCACUGUUAGAGAAAAGCACAUCCGUACAAAUCGAAGGCCUCGACCUCUGAAACCGGAUUCUGAUGCAAUGGAUAAAGCUAUGGCUAACAAAUCUAGUUUAAACCCAAUGAAUUUCCAAUUGGGUUUUAAUGAAUCAGCUCAAAAUCCGAAUUCAAACCCUAAUUUUGACGAUAGUGGUUGGGGUUACUGUACGGAGGAACAGUUGGAAGAGAUUUUGUUGAAGAAUUUGGAGUUUUUGUAUAAUGAGGCGAUCGUUAAGCUAGUUGCAUUAGGGUAUGAAGAGGAAGUUGCUUUAAAGGCUAUACUGAGGAAUGGCCAUUGCUAUGGUGGAAUGGAUGUGUUGACUAACAUUUUGCAUAAUUCCUUGGCUUUUUUAAACAGUGGAACGACUGUGAAUGAUGGAGAUCCAGAUGAAAGCGAACAGGUUUUUGCUGAUUUGAGACAGUUGGAAGAAUAUUCGCUUGCUGGAAUGGUGUGUUUGUUGCAGCAAAUUAAACCACACUUGAGUAAAGGAGAUGCAAUGUGGUGUUUACUCAUGAGUGAUCUUCACGUAGGUCGUGCAAGUGUGAUGGAGAUCCCUAUUGCUUCAAAUGCUAAUGGGGAUGGUUAUGGCAAUACUGAGUCCAGCAAUCCUGUUGUGAACAAUGUGGAGAAGGUGAAUGAUGAUUCAGUUGGUGUGACUCCUGCUUUAUGCAGAUUUCAUGGUGGGUGGGGUUUUGGAAAUGGGGGAACAUCUGAUUUCCCUGUAAACCGGUUUCUAUCAUAUGCUGCUUCAGAAAUGAGUUUGCAAAGGGAGAUCGAGUGUCCAAAGAGGUUCAAUCUUACACCUUCUAUGAAGAUGCUUUUGAAAAGAAAUGUAGCAAUGUUUGCUGCAGGAUACAGAGCAACUGCUAAAGACACACAGGUUGGUUCAACUUCUUUAUCCAAUGGGCAUUCAUCAUCUGUAGUUGAAACCACAAGUGGUGAAGUUGAAAAAACCGAGGAGACACAGAGCACGAAGAAUCAAGAAGUGGUUAACAUGAUGCUGAGUAAGUUUCGUGAUCUGAAUCUUGAAGGGGACAUGGAAUAUGUUCCCGAGGAUCAAAAGGAUGAAAUGAUCUUGAGUUUAAUGCAUCAGAUUAAAGAUCUUGAGAGACAAGUGAAGGAAAGGAAGGAAUGGGCACAUCAGAAAGCAAUGCAAGCAGCAAGAAAGCUGAGUCAUGAUCUUACUGAAUUAAAGAUGUUGAGAAUGGAAAGGGAGGAAACACAACGUAUGAAACAGGGGAAACCAGGUGCUGAAGAUCCAACCAUGAAGAGACUUUCAGAAAUGGAGACUGCUUUGAGGAAAGCAAGUGGACAAGUGGACAGAGCAAAUGCAGCUGUUAGACGCCUUGAAACUGAAAAUGCUGAAAUUAGAGCAGAGAUGGAGGCUUCAAAGUUAAGUGCUUCUGAAUCUGUUAACACAUGUUUGGAAGUUGCAAGGAGGGAGAAGAAGUAUCUUAAAAGGUUAUUGGCUUGGGAAAAACAGAGAGCCAAGUUGCAGGAUGAUAUUGCAGUUGAGAAGAGGAAGAUUGGUGAGUUGCAAGAAGAGAUGAUCCAAGUUGAAGCAGCAAAAAAGGCAGCUGAGGCAAAGUGGAAGCAGGAGCAAAAAGCAAAAGAAGAAGCCCUAACACAAGUGGAGGAAGAAAGGCGACUGAAAGAAGCAACAGAAGCCAACAACAAAAGGAAACAUGAAUCUCUUCGGUCAAAGAUAGAGGUUGACUUUCAACGCCACAAAGAUGACCUCCAAAGACUCGAACAAGAACUCUCACGUCUCAAAACCAUGUCUUCAACCAACUCAGACAACAAACAACACUCGACCACUAAUCUAUCCACCCCACACACCCCAAACGGGUCCCACCCAACCAUUGCAAGAAUGCUCCAUGAACUCGAUAAUCUUGAUGAUUCUGAUGAAAAAGAAACCGGGAUCGAUCGCGAUUGCAUAAUCUGUUUGAAAGAUGAAGUUUCUGUGGUGUUUUUGCCUUGUGCUCAUCAGGUUCUUUGUGCGACUUGCAAUGAUGAAUAUGGGACAAAAGGGAAGGCCAAGGCCACGUGUCCUAUCUGCAGGGUUCCUAUUGAACAGAGGAUUCGUGUUUUUGGGGCCACCUCUUAAACUCUUUUUGGUUAUAAAUUUAUGAUGUCAAGAGUAAAUUGCUAAGGCUGUGAUGAUAUUAUUAUACAAAACAGAAUGAAUGAUUGGUGGUUAUUUUCUUCAUGUGUUGUUGGUUGCUUCAAGCUGUUGUGGUUAAAACAGCAACGUUACAGUGUUUAUAAAUAAAGCCUGUUUUCAGUGCA